AAAUAGACCGAGUGUAAUGUACAGAGUAGGCCAAGGUCGUCCACAGACAGAUGCACUAGGCUUUGACCUUCAGUAAUGAUUAUUACGCUUCUCUUUGUCUUACAUGUACAAUACAUAGGACAUUGCUGUGCCACAUAGCGUAAGGUGGGGCGGUCACUUACUAAUGCUAUAGACCUCCAUUAUAAUUACUGCCGCCUGCCAGAUGUAGCCAUCGCAGAGACUCUGACAAGUUACAGACUGCUUGGCCUGAAUCACAAGGCGGAACAUAGCUGUCGGGGAAGAGUUUCCGGGGGACGUGCACAUCGGCGACACAGCCACAAACAACAAUAUGCUGUGCGUGCAGAGAGUGAAAGUCAUAGUGUCAGUGUCCCGGGCAUGCAGCACAGUACAGCCAGCUCCAGUUAUUGCAGCCAAACAUCCAUUUCAAGUGGAGUUAAAGGCAGGGAAACUGUACCCAUGGUGUAGCUGUGGACGCAGUAAGAAACAACCUUUCUGUGACGGAUCCCAUCGCAAGGCAGCCCCUGGCCUCUCACCACUGCGUUUUACACCAACAGAGGAUAAGAAAAUGUGGCUCUGUGGCUGCAAGCAAACCAAAACCCCGCCAUACUGUGAUGGCACACACAAGGAGAGCUAUGUGCAGAACUGUACUCUGGAAGCUCAGCAAUGACCAAGAAGGGCUGCUAUCUGGGUGUAUUCAUGUGGUGCCAAUCUGAGGGUUCCGGUAUGAAUGGUCGACCAUGUUACGGUCGACAGUCAUUAGGUCGCCCACUAUUGGUCGACAUUGGCGUGGUCGACAUGGACAAUUGGUUGACACAUGAAAGGUCGACAUGAGGUUUUUUUUUUUUUUACUUUUUUUGGUGUCGUUUUCUGCGUAAAGUGACGGGGAACCACAAUUAGUGCACCGCGUCCCCUCGCAUGGCUCGCCAUGCUUUGGGCAAGGUGCCUCGCUCCGCUACUGCUGCGCUUGGCACAGAUUACCGUUCCCAAUCGUAGUCCACGUGGAUCGUAAAGUAUGGAAAAGUUCCCCAAAAGAGAAAAAUGUGAAAAACUCAUGUCGACCAUUUUCUUAUGUCGACCAUGUGUUCACGUCGACCAUGUCAAUGUCGACCAAUAGUGGUCGACCUAAUGACUGUCAACCAUAACAUGGUCGACCAUCCAAACGGAUACCCAAUCUAAGGCAGCAGCCGUGGAUUUAGCCACAAUUUAAACCCCUAAUUAUUUAGGAUGAGAUGCAGGUAAUUACACUUUGAUUUGUUUAAUAAACGUGAAGAAGAGUUUGAGAUCCUCUAAGCAUUUGCUUCUGGGGCGCUACUUGUUUGCCAACUUGUACGUAUCAGUAUUUUUCUAUGUAUUAAUUAUGCAUAAAUAAUAUACUUUUGCAGCGAAAGUUCCACUUCUUGCUGACAUUUUCCAUUGCAGUGGUUACUUUAAAUGAGCAUGCAAGUGUUCAAAUGUCUUUUUUUUGUGUGUGAAAAUGGCAUAAAAAAUAAACCAGUAACAGAAUCACAUACAGAAA